CAGAAAGACGAGAACACGCCCCUUUGCAGGAGACAAAACGUCAUGCAUCGGCCUUCCGGAGUACUACACUUCCCGAGCACGCUAUAAAACGAGUCACUGCACAGCAGACGGCAGCUACUGAACAGUCACAGAUCCACUACAGCCGCUCUCGCUGCAAGGCGCUUCGCCGCUUGUGCCUCGACGAUGGCGUCGUCGGGCCGUGCUGCUGCCGCUGGUCUCUGCAGGCAUGACAACUGCUAGGUUAGCGGUUGCACCGGCUAUGCCAUGCUGCUAGGGGGCGAUUGCAAGCUUUCAGCGAGCAGCAGCCGCAGCGGGGACGACGACGGCACCAGUAGCGGCGACAGCAGCAGCAGCAGCGGUUCUAGCAGUGACAGCGGAAGCAGCGACGUCGCUCAGGCCGCAGCGUCCCAGUCGGUGGACAUCGAAGACGUGCCGACCACCCCCAGCGCAAAGCUCGUCGACUCCAGCAUCGCCGCCGGCGCCGUUGGGAGAGAGCAACAGAUGGCCCUGUGGAUUCAGUCCAACGUCGUGCGCCCGGCGGACGUUCCGAGUGACCACCCGGACGAAGUGCACGACUGGAGCGGUUGGCCCUUGUUCCCUCCAAAUAAGAACGCGCAUCAGAAGCGUGCAAUCGUGCCGAGUCUGCCGACCAAGGUUCCCCACGUCACGCUCCUCAACAAGUACGAGUUCCUGCUGCCUAAGAUGGAACCUCUGAUCUACACACAGGGCAGGUUAAUGCAGCCAGCGCCUUCGUUCCGCUGUACCAACUUGGUGGACGACUUGCAGUACACGGUCUGGCUCAGUUUCAUGGAUGCCACUGGAGGCGAAUGCGUUGGUCAGUACACCCACCCGGAUUCACCACAUCCCGGUUCGUCGUGGAACGGCCGGGUGCUGUCUUUUUCUCGGCUGAAGCUCUACUCCAACGACUGCUUCACCACGAAACCGCCUCCGAUCACUCUGAAGUGUAACAACAGUUACCGUAUCCAAGUGAACGUUGGCAUCGUGGACAACAGCGGGCACAUCCUGAGCUCGUCGGUCGUCCGGCAAUUUGUCGGUGCCUGCUUUGUUGCUGUGACCCAUUUCAGCAUCAAAUCUAGCUGAUGAAACCAUGAUGAGAGCUUUGUUUUCAUUUUUGUUAUUUACUUCUAGUCUCUCGCGUCCAAGCAACAAGGGGUUCAAGACCAAAGCGCGC